AUAGCUACACCACACGUGGCGUGAGGAAAGAGAAACUCCGAAUCGAGAGAGCUAAUUGGUGGGGAGCAGUGGUGCUCUCAUCUUCAUCUUCAUCUUCAUCUUCAUCGUCCCUCUCUCUCGCUCCAUCAGGCAUCUGCUUUACAAACCCUAAUCUUCAAUCCCUAAAAGCUUUUCUGCCGCCAACUUAAUCACGAUCGGUGUUCAUCACUACGUAGCAUCAAUCAAAGGCCGUCUCUUUUUUCCAGAAACCAGAAAAGAGAGAAACAAAGAGGAUCGCAACGUGAACCCUAGAAUCUGAACGAAGCUGCUCAAAUUCAAAUCCGAUAACACGACGUCCUCAUCAAGUUCUGCUGCUCCUGGAUUGAUUUCAACGAACACACCAACCCUAGAGAUCGAUUUCGAAGAGCGUCGUCGGGGUUGUAUCCGUCUUCUCCAAUAAGCAUUCUGUGAGGUGUGAUUGUGACAUUAUGGCGAAAGCUACAAGGACACGACGCAGGGUUCACUCGCGGCGGAUCAGAGCAAGGCCUUACAAAUUCCAAUCUUCUAAUCGUCUUGUCACAAGGAACGUGUUUCCAGAAGAUUGUUCAAAGUGUAUAGAGAAGAGGGACAACUGGGAGAAUGUUAUCUGCUCGGUUUGCAUGGAGUGUCCUCACAACGCUGUUCUUCUCCUCUGCUCAUCUCAUGACAAGGGAUGUCGUCCUUACAUGUGUGGCACCAGUUUCCGCUACUCCAACUGCUUAUAUCAGUACAAGAAAGCGUCAGCUAAGCUAAAGGCAGCAGCGAGUCGUCCACCGAGCAAUAAGUCCGAGGUUGGGAAUCUCACAUGCCCGCUUUGUAGAGGCCAGGUGAAAGGCUGGACGAUCGUGCAGCCUGCGCGUGACUAUUUGAAUCUCAAGAAGAGGAUCUGUAUGCAGGAGAACUGUGUUUUUGCUGGAACCUUCAAGGAGCUGAGGAAACACAUGAAAGUGGACCAUCCUUGUGCGAAGCCGCGUGAAGUUGAUCCUGAAGUGGAGCAGAAUUGGAGAAGGCUUGAGAUUGAGCAUGACCAGAAUGAUGUUAUGAGCACGAUUAGGUCGUUAAUACCUGGUGCAACGGUGCUUGGGGAUUACGUUAUAGAAAGGAACGACGGCAACGGUUCUGACUCAGACGAGGGUGGUGAUCAUUACAACGGUUCAGGGAUGGAUGCUGGGUUCGGUAGGAAUUUUUUGAAUGUUAUCCUUAUGAUGCAUGCUGUUGAGGCGUCAAGGAAUCAGACAAGACGCUCUGAUUCAGAUUCGAGUGGAACAAAUGAGAUGAGUUUCUCUGGAGAGGAAGAGGAAGAUAGGCAGAGUACCUCUCUGGCAAGUCGAAUGAGGAGACAAGGACGGGUUCUACUAGGACGAUCAGGUAGGAGACGUAGAGCUAGAGAAGCUAACCAGAGACCAGGUCCUCCUAGAUGAGAGAGAGAUAUCACAAGCUCAAAAACAAAACCCUUCUGUCUGAUUUUGAGUUUCAGGUAAGUUUUAUGGUAAUGGUUUAGAAUACAAAUGACCUGUGAACCCUUUUUCUGCUUUCACCAUUGGAGAAUUUGGGGAUUUGACUCAGAUUUGCUCCUGAUUGUCAAAGAAACAGGUCUUUGUUUUAAUGUAUCCUGAUGUAACUUUUCUUUGUCAAAAUUUACAUAUGUGAAUAAGCAUGGUGAUUAGUGAUGCUCACUAUCUCAACAAUGAUGAACAAAUUGGUUACUCGUUUUGUUUAUAAAUUUCAUGUUCCCUUAA